AUGCUCUUCAACAGCAAGCCCCUCACUUUGGCCCUGGUGGCCAUGGUCACUCUCUCUAUCGCGGUUUCGGCUGCCCUCGACCCUAUCGAGAAGUACCUCGCUCAAGGCGGUCCCUCUUUCCAACCAUCGAAGGAAGCUUCUGGUAAGCUGGCUACCCCCGUCAAGUUGAGCAAGACCACUGCCCCUCCUCAGGCCAUCCGCAAGCUCGUUGGUGAUGAUAUACGCACCAACGUCGCUCGUAAAGCCUCGCCCUUCGAAGACUCCAAGAUCGCCGUGCCAGCGGGAGAACUCAAUGCUGGCAACAAAGCUCACUGCUACCUUGGUCACACGACUGCCAAUAUCAGGCGUAUCCGCUACAAGAUGUCAGUUCAGAUCGACAGGGAUGAGAGUGGUGCUGUUACCGUUGCUGAGGCUGACAGCGUCAAGGGUGCCGUGAUCAAGGCCACCUCGGGUCUGUACUCGAACAAGAACCCAGAUCAAGGCUCUUGUGCCAAGACUCUGGCUCGUCAUGGCGAGGUCUGUGCGAACCGACCUUACAUCGUGCCGGCGGCGCUUCUUCCCCAUGCUUCGACCAGCUCUGCUGCUGGUGCUGCUAAGCCCGAUACCGAUGCCAAUAAGCUCAACCCUGGUCAGCAGCAGUUGUUGCACGCUGGACCUUAUGUACAAAAGCGAUCUGCUGCCGGCGUUCAGCCUCUCGGUGAUUGGAGCAAGGUCGACGAAAGCGCCAACAUCGUCUUCAAGCGCGAUACCAAUGGCGUGCCUCCUUCUGCCCCUAGAUACAACAUCGACACAACCGCUUCCGGCGCUCACUCCCAGACCACUGGCCCAGCCGGAACGGUCUGCAUUGACACAGUAAAGCGCGACAAGCAAGUCACCAAAGUCAUCCCCACCAAAGCGAAGCCCGCCUCUCAUCAGCCCGGCACUUCUCUCCAAUUCGAGCUCGUCCGUAGCGAUGACAAAAAGGGUGUAUGGAACCAGAUCAUCUACGACACCCACGGCAACCCCAUCGACGUCACUCACCUCGAGAUUUCCUCCGUCAUGUCUUUCUGGCGUGCCGAGUACUACUGUGCCGAAUGCAAGCCUGGUCACAAGAAGCACACCGUGUACUACGAGGAUGUCGAGAUCGAAGUCGAUGAGGUUGACGAGCACGCUAGCACUCCUGAGGUGCAGUGCGAGGGUAUUGCCAAGUCGACCAACGUCCACAAGCGAGAAAAGAGCAGAUACCAGGACAAGAACAAGUCUGGUGUUGAGUACAAGGGCGCCGUUUACUCGAUUGACCGUGUGGCUCUGGGAAGCUUUGACAAGAACGGCAAGGGUGGCGGAUCGUACUCCGGAGAUGCUCGGAUCACACCCAUUUCGAGUGAGAUUCCCGCGAAGAAGGAUGGCAAGACUAUUCUUGAUUCUGCUGAGUCCAAGAAACAGACUAGCGCUGUUCCUGGGUCGAAGGACAAGAAGCCUGACACUGUCCUCAAGCGCGAGGUGUUCACUGAGGAGGAGGAUAAUCUCAUCUUCUAG